GUGAAUUAAAGAAUUAUAUACAAAAGGGCACACUAGAUCGCUCCCUUCUUCUGCUUCUCCUUUAUUUGUCAAGGAUACAGUGUCACUUGGUCUACUUCGGCCUAGACCCCCACAUUACGAGGCACACAUCUGCAACUUUUUCUAUUCUGCUAUUUUCUUACGAUAUCAUGAGUCCUCAAGCGUCUUGUCAAAUAUCAUGCCCCACGACAAUCACUAAGCUAUGCAUCACGCCACGCCAUGUUAUCGCCACAACUAACCCUGGGACUGUUAUUGUUCUAGAAAUCACCUGCGAACAUCACAAUCUCGAGAACGAUCCACACAAGAGGAUAAUUGAAGCAGGAGAAUUGUGGGAUAUAGACUGGUAUGAUUUGUUUUUAGUCACAGGAAACGCUGAUGGGACAGCAAGGCUAUGGAAUAUCGAAAAUGGGGUCAAGUUGAAAGAAUUUCCUGAGCAUGGCGAUUGCAUCCAUGCAGUACUGAUGCCAGACGAGUCAACUGUGAUCACUGGGACCGGUGCCAACACGCAUACUAUACGUGUCUGGGACGUUGCCUCUGGUUCAUGCUCACAUAAGUUUGAUCACCAUACAAGAGGCAUAAUAAGGCUUAAAACUAUUGGUAACCAACUUAUCUCAGGCUCCUACGACCAGACUGUACGUAUCUGGGAUCUUGUGACAGGGAAUGAACUUCAUCGACUAGAAGGCCACGCCAGAUAUCCGUCCGUAUUUGGCUUCAAUGACGACGAGACACUCAUGGCGGUUUCUUGUGGCACGGGCGAUAUCAAAAUCUGGAGGAUCAAAGAUGGAACUUAUGUUACGACUUGCCAGGGCCACACCUGGGUUGCAAACCAACUCGAGAACCGUAAUGGUAACCUUGUCUCUGCUUCAUCAGAUGGGACAAUUCGGACAUGGAACUGGGAAGAUGGCUCCCUCCUCCACGCCAUAGACCCUGCACACCAAGGCAUCUCCAACCUCACUAAUGCUGUCCGCGGGAUGGCCUGGACAAAUCUUUAUAUGAUAACUGGCGGCUUUCGGGAUGGUCUUCUUAAAGUCUGGGAUAAGGAGAGUAAUGUACUCCUUUUAGAGCGUCAUGUUGGUCAUACAGGCAUUGGGAACGUUGUUGGAGGAGAAGGCAAGGUGGCGGUUUCGUCAAAAGUAAGACAUGGACUGUACCAGAUUACUCUUUGGGACAGAGGUAUGAUUGAUGCAGAAGGUCUAUAGAUUAGAUUCACUCUCCUUAGUUUAUUCUUAGGUUGUAGGGUCUUUGCUACAAAUCCACUCUGUAAUGCAAACACGUAUAUUCUAAAAUGGAGUGACUAAAUCAAAUAACUACACAAUGAGUAAAC